AUGGCGAGAAGUAGAAGUCAAGCCGAUGAGAUCACCAGCCUUGAAGUUGUGCUUCUUGCCACUCUCCGUCUCCGUAACCUCCACUUCUCCCUCCAGAAGGAAGAUAGUCUCAUCGCCCAGAACCCCGGUGUACGGCGUGGUCAUGGAACCAUUCUCGUCGAGAUGUGUUGCCGCGAUGCCUUUGCCGGAGCGCCAAACCCCGCUCAGCAUUGUGCCUGUCGUCCCGCUGUUUCGAAUGAAGUAGAGCUCUCCAGCUACCAGGUCGCCCUCUUUGGGCUCUGUGAAGUGGUAGUCGGCCCACUCAGCCGGGCUGUCGCUGAUAUUGUUGAUGCCGAGGUCGGUCGGGGGAUUAGAGGUAUUAUCCGUCCCGUUCCAGAUACACCACCACUUCUUGAAGAAGGGGGCGUCAAUCUCCCAGAGGACCUCCAAGUUCUUGGGCGAGCUGAUGAUGGUACCAGGGCCAACAGUAUACUUCUUGCCGGUCGAGACGACAGUGAGCGUCGCGCUGCCGUCAAUGACACAGGCAGUCUCGUCGCCGAGGGGCGCAGAGUAGAUGAGCUUGGAGGAGCCGUCCGCGUUGGCUCCGGGAGCUGA